AUGGCUGCGGCGCAGUGGAUCAUGCCGGACGGCAGCGUGGGGUCCCUGGGCGACUUUCUCACGCGCAAGCUGUACGCCACGCAGGACCGGCGCUCGACAAAAGCCAAAACGAGCGCAAGAGGCCUCGAGGCGAAAUGGGACCGAUGCAGCGCCACGAUCCAAAAGCCGGACCCGACGUGUUCGUCCGUUCCGACGUACGGGAGCGUGCCGUCCCCCGAGGUCGCGCACCUCGAGGCCGUGAUCGCCGAGAGGCUGGGCAGCCGGCGCCGCAACCGCUGGAUGAACGAACGCCUGCUGCGCGAGCUGUCCGGCCCGCUGACGGCGACGGAGAUGCGCUCGCUCUUCUCGCCCGUGCCGUUCGGGCCGCGGGACUGGGAGAGCCCCCUGACUCAGCUCAUGAAGUCGGAGAACGCGCAGGCGCUGGAGCUGCUCCGCAACAUCGACAUGGACAAGCAGGACCGCGUCAUCUCCCGGCUCGAGGAGGAGACCGCGGCGCGGCAGGCCAGCCUCAGGGGCCCCCAGCCCGCGUCCCCUGUGGCUGCGGCGGUGCAGGGCUGGGCGACCGUUGGGCGGCGGGCGCGCGCAGCGAUGCGGCAGGCCGGCCCUGCGCUCGUGGAGGAGCUCGAGCGGCCGCUGGUGGCGUUCGCGAGCGGGUGCAGGGCGGCGGGGCGCGGGUCGGACGGCGGCGCUGCUGCCAGCGCGUCGGAGCUGCGAAUGGAGCUCGCCGACCCGUUCCACCGCCUCAUCGUCCACGGCCUCGCGGGCUUCCACGGCCUCCUGUCCCGCUCCGAGAACGGCCCCGACGGCACCAAGCGCUACGUCGUGAUUCGACAGCGCGUCCGCGACAGCGCGGGCGCCGCGGAGCCUCUCGCGGACGAGGGCGCGGAGGCCUCGGUGCGCGCGGCGCGGCACGGCAAGGGCGGCGCGGCGUCGCCCAAGGGCGGGGGGGGUAAGACGCCCAAGCGGAGGAGUAAGGGGAGUAAACAUGCCGCGGCGUCGGUCGCGACGCCGCCGCCGCGCAAGCUCACGCCGCGAGAGGCUGCUGCGGCGGCUGCGCUAGCGCGGGCGAGCGGCGGGGCCUCGGACGGCGGGCACGGCGGGGAGCACGCGAGCGGCGACGCCCACGGCAGCGGUGAUGCCGGGGGCGACGCGUCUGGCGCGCAGGAGCCGGCAGCUGCGGCCGAGACUCUUGAGCAGAGCUCGGACGCGCCGGCGCCGAGCGCGCCGAUGGAGAUUGCGGGCGCUGGCGGGGCGCGGCGUGAGGACGUCGGAGGGGAUGUGUUCGCGUCCCCCGGGGGGCGCGGCGGCGCGGAGAGCGAGGAGGAGGAGGACGACGACGACGACGAAGACUGCAUCAUCAUGUGCAGCGACGUGGUUUACCUGCUCGAGUGCGGGGAGGGCUCUCUGUCGCGGGCACUGUCGGCGCUGUCUGCCAGCGAUGGCCUGGCGCACGCGCGUCUGGCCACGUCGCUGUAG